AACAGGAAGCUGUUUACAGAUAACACUUGCAACUGUUUUGUCUGAUUUGUUGAACUGUCGAAAAGCAAAAGACAACCUCUUUUUAAAUUAAAAACUGUCAGACUUCUGUAAACAGCAGCAAUGAGGUUCAUCUGUGCAGUGUCCCUGCAGGCACAGAGCAUUGUGCAGUUCCCAUUCUCUCAGCAGCCAUAAGGCUUCCUUUAGGUGUUGGAAGGCUGCAAUUAGGAUGUAGCUGCAGGACUGGGUGAACCCCCUCCCAGGGCGAGUCUGCCUUUUGAGCCUGCUCAGUGCCCUCAAGAAGACAACAGUCAGGCCCGUCUAGGAAAUCUUCCAAACAUCCCAAGAGUGAGAACGUGUUGCAAACUGAGUCAGUGACCUGUAAGUGCUCAUUAUGAAGAGAGAUCUGGUUUUCCUGGUGACUCUAAUUAGCCUUGCCUUCCUGUCACUGCUAAGAUCUGGAUAUCCUCAACACAUUGCAGAGGAGUCCUGCUCUGUUCAGAUUCUUGUUCCAGGCCUCAAAGGGGAGGCUGGAGAAAAGGGGGAGAAAGGUGCUCCAGGUCGUCCAGGUAGAGUUGGACCUCCAGGAGAAAAAGGAGAAAUGGGGGACAAAGGACAGAAAGGCAGCAUAGGAAGGCAUGGAAAAAUUGGUCCUAUUGGUUCAAAAGGUGAAAAAGGAGAUAAUGGUGACAUAGGACCACCAGGUCCUAAUGGUGACCCAGGCAUCCCUUGUGAGUGCAGUCAGCUAAGGAAGGCUAUUGGUGAAAUGGAUAUUCAAGUAGCCCAGCUGACGACAGAACUAAAAUUCAUAAAAAAUGCACUGCCCUCCCCCGCAGCUGUUGCCGGCGUGCGUGAGACAGACAAUAAGAUAUAUCUGCUGGUGAAGGAGGAGAAGAGGUACAAGGAAGCCCAGCUGUACUGCCACGGCAGAGGAGGGACGCUGAGCAUGCCCAAGGAUGAGACUGCCAACAACCUGAUUGCCUCGUACAUCAACCAAGCUGGGCUCACCAGAGUCUUCAUUGGGAUUAACGACCUGGAGAAGGAGGGGAAUUUCGUCUACUCUGACCGGUCGCCCAUGCAGACCUUCAACAAAUGGCGCAGCGGGGAGCCCAACAACGCCUACGACGAGGAGGACUGUGUGGAGAUGGUGGCGUCUGGAGGCUGGAAUGAUGUUGCCUGUCACAUUACCAUGUAUUUUGUGUGCGAAUUUGACAAGGAAAAUGUCUAAGCUGCUCUGCUCUUUCUUUUUUUUUUUUUUAAAGAAAAUUUUUUAAGACAAUUGUACGAGUUACUCCAUGUUUAUAGAGUACAAGUGGAAUUUUGCGAGUGUGGGGCAUCAGAGUUGUACAGCUGUAAAUACAGUUUAGGUAUUUCAAAUAUCAGAAUUUACCCUUCAGAAGGGAAGACAAAUAAUAAGGCAUAGCUUAGUUGAUUUUUUUUUUUUUUUUAAUGUAGGAAAAUAUAUCUAUUUAGAUAAAAAUGUGCUUUGGGGCUAAAUUUUGCCCUUAUAACAGUUAACAAAUGUGAUUACAUGACUGUAAAGGAAGGCAGAAUUUGGCCCCUAGUUAUUAGAAUGGCUAGAAUUAGAUUCCUGAUAUUCUUUUAUCUUAGUAAAAUUUGUAGUUAUAGAUGAUAAUUACUUGUGCUACAGGGAUAUUUUGGCAACAAGACAAAUAUUUUGCAUACUCUAGUUAAUAAGGACAAAUAUUACUAUAGGGUUUUUGAAUGUUACUACUAUUUUUAUUUUAUUUUUUUAACUGGUUAAAGCAAACCAGAAAGUCAUUAUUCCUACCAAUUUUCUAAUGUUUCUUUAUUAAACUGUUCACAGAUGUAUGACCAAAAAGCAUUUAAGUAAAUUGAAUUUUAGUGCUGAGGGAGGACAAAAUCUAGUGAAAAUUGUACCGGCCCAUGGCAGGGGUUUGGAACUGAGUAAUCUUUAAGGUCUCUUCCAACCCAAACUAUUCUAUGAUUCCAUGAUUCUAUGCUUUAAAAAUUCUUAUAAUUUAGUAAUUAAAGAGGGCUUCCAUCCAGAUGGUGUUUUGGGGUUGGCUAAAUGCAAAAGUAACAAUUAGAUUUUCUGCAUUCUUUACUCAAAAAUUAAUCAGUGCAUGAAGUAUUUCAGAAGCUAAAUUAUUCCCUAAAGUAAAUGUUUCACAUUUUUUUAAGAUAAUCUUGGUACAUCUUGUUACAAAACAAGCAAAAUACCAGCCCUCCACAAUUUAAGGCAGACUUCAUAUAUAUGCAAUUAAGCUCUUGAAAACACAUUGCCUAUCAGCUCCUUUUGGUAAGAAAACAGCUUACAUGUUUAUACAGAUUGUUAAAAUAAUCCCCUGAAAAGCAGAAAAAAUUUUGAAAUUUUCCUGAUUAUGUGUAUAGCAGUAAUAAAUAACUUUGCACAAAUAAUUUAUGUACCAAAUUUACAAUUGCAUAUGAUGAAAAAUGUGAUGUAUAUUUAAAAAAAAAAACAAACCAAGAGUAUAAUUUCACAAAAGAAAUUAUGAAUUACUUUAAAUCUUCCCAGGUGCCAGAUGCAUGAAACCUCAUCUCACUGUUAGGCAUAAAAAAAUUGACAAAAUUUGCAAAAUCUCUGACUGUGUUUUUCUUGGAAUACUUUGAGCAGUGUUUUAAGAUGAUUUUUAAGGAUAAAAGAUCGUUGCAUAACAUUCUGAUCAAAAUGUGUGCCUGAUGAUAAUGGCAGAUUGGUAUAUAGGAUAUCCACAGUGGAUAUGGCAUAUGGCCCCAAAGAUUUCCUUACAACAAGGAAACCAAUUCAUAUCAACUCUGCUGUGCUGUGACAUGUAAACAAUCAAUGACCAUGCAGUGCUGGUCAUUUCCACUGCUGACAUAAUUUGAUUUAUAUACCUAAGAGAACGAAGUGUUUUGCUUGCUACAUUUACUCUGUAAACCUCAAUUCUUUCUCUCUCUAUAGAUAUAUGAUUGUUAUUAAUUUUAAAGAUAAUUAGCAGUACUAUAGUAUCCUAUAGUAUUUGAUUAUCAGCCCAGCUCCAGAGCAAUUACUCAAAAUGAAUGGGUCCUUUGAUUGCUUUAUUUUCUUUUAAUAAAGAUAGGUACGAUACUUGUGUGUUAGUCAUUCUUCCAACUGCAUAUUGAAAUCUAUUAAAUAAUGUGAAUCUCCUUCUACACCAAUAUUCAAAGACUACAGAAUUUGCUGGGAGCUAACAAUUCCAGUAGAGCAAUUUGCUUAGAGUAGUGUCUUUUGAAUAUCAUGAUUGUUUCCUGCCUCCUAUAGAAAUCCUCAGAAACCAUUUAAAUCUCCAACAUACUUUUGUCAAAUACUUGGUACUAUAUUAAAACAGUCCAAACCUGGGCUACAGGUAUUUGAAGUUCCCUCAUUAUGUGCACUGAAGUUGCUGUUUUUCACCUAGGUUUUGCAAGUUUCUAUUGUAUUAUUCAAUUUCCUCAGAAAGAUGAGAAGAGGCCUUUUAGGGAGAUGGGAAGCUUUUUGAGAUGGCAAAUGCUCCUAUUUUAACUGAUGUCACACCACAUUUUAAAGAUUGCAUUGAUAUGUGGAGCAUUUAAACAGUCUCAAUUUCUAUUAAAAUUUAGGAUAAAAAGUAAAAGCAAUGGGAAAAAAUAUUUAUUUUUCCUAGUUUUCAUGUUCUUCAGGAUAUGUUUUUUGCAAUGCUUGAUAUGAGGUAGAAACUAAAUUAGUUUCUUUGUCAGAUACUUGUACACUGGCUGCAGCAGCCCUUAUUUCACCAUUUGGGCAAAGGGAGCAAGGAGAGUGUGUGAGGUCUCUAGCUGUCCUGCAAGGGGCAACAACAGCACAUCUAAUACAUACCCCUCCAAGGAACUGGGUGAGAAAUGAUGGGGGCAUUGGAAAUGAAUGAGCCCUUCAAGAUUUCUUUCACUCUCUAGUUGCUGAUGCCUGCAGGUAGACCCUUGCUGGAGGCAGGAAUCAAUGUUGCAUGUAGCGCUCAGCCUGCGUGAAGCCUGCUGACAUGCUUGGUAAGGUUUCCAUUACUCUCCCUGGAAUUUAGAACUGUUGUUUUUCCAAAAAAUUAAAUGAGUAAUAAGUUAAUUUUAUUUGGGGUGUUUUCCAUGUGCAUUGAAACCUGCAGUUGUAAUAUAAUUACUCAUUUUGUGUAGCUCUGCAGAAGCCUUUGGAAUAUGUCUGUCUGGCAAGCACAGGUGUUUCUCAGACUAUGCUUAUAUGAUCUAUUCUGGAUGAUAAUUUUUCCUCAUAAAUAUAUCCCCAUAGCCCUUAUUUAUUUUUUUAUUGAAUAAAGGGCAUCCUUUAGCAUUUUAAA